UUGCGAGUUUAUAAAUAGAGCUUUUAUCAGCGGCCUCAGAACACUGCUGCAAAUGUUGUGCUGUGUCCCGCGAUGAACAACAUUAGGAGGACCUGACCGAGGGAGGACAGGACGAGAGAACAGGCUGGUCGCACCUCUGGAAAGGUGAGAGCCGACUGGCGGUCUCAGCAUGGAGAGGUACUUGAGCGACCCGCCGGAUGGUGGCUAUGGCUGGGUCGUGGUCACCUCAGCCUUCUUCAUCAUGGGCCUCACCGCUGCGGUUUUUAAAAACUUUGGUCUGUUUUUCCUUGAAAUCCAAAGUCACUAUGAUGUCCUUAACAGUACUACCUCAUGGGUGACCUCAACCACUAUUGCUGUGUUUCAUUUGGGAGCUCCUCUGGCCAGUGCUCUCAGUAUGCAUCUGUCCCAUCGCACGGUUAUCGUGGUCGGAGGGCUUCUGGCUACCUCAGGAAUGAUUAUCGCCUCUUUGGACCUCAGCCUGCCUUGGAUGUAUCUGUCUAUUGGUGUACUCCAAGGACUUGGCGUCUCAUUUGCUUGGAUACCAGCUAACAGCAUGGUCAGCCAUUAUUUCAGACGCUGGCGUCCCAUUGCCUAUGCGAUCGCUAGUUCUGGAGAGUGUGUCUUUGCCAUGGGAUUCAGCCCAUUGUUCCAGUGGCUUAUCGACAGCUAUUCUUGGCAGGGGACUCUACUCAUCAUUGGUGGUCUUCAGCUGAAUCUGUGUGUGUGUGGUGCUCUGAUGAAACCCCUCCCAGCUGCAAGAACCUCUAUCCAAGACAAACCGGUGUUUAAAGAAAGCAGAACAUCAAAUAAAGGCACUUUCCAGUGGUCCCUUCUACAGAGGCCUGAGUUGCUGCUAUAUAUUGUGUUUGCCAUCUUAGCGGCGGCGGGUUUCUUCAUCCCACCUCUGUUUCUGGUGCCCUAUGCCAGCAGUUUGGGCAUGACACAGUACUGGGCGGCCUCGAUUCUGUCAGUGCUGGCAUUGGCAGACCUGCUGGGCAGACUAGCAUGCGGGUGGCUGGCUAACCUGCGGCUGGUGAGAAACCUGCAGCUGCUGACCAUGGUGGUCACUGCUCUGGGGGUGGUUCUGCUUCUGCUUCCCAUAGCACAGUGUUACUGGAGUAUCCUGGUCUUUGCUUCACUCUAUGGCUUCCUGUUUGGCUGCGUGGUGGCCAUCCAUGUGACUACUAUUGUAGAUAUUGUUGGACUGGAGGGCUUUGACAGCGCUCUAGGGCUCUUCAUGCUGUUACGGAGCUCUGGAGGAUUUGUUGGUCCACCUGCUGCAGGCUGGCUGGUGGACUGGACUCAUGACUUCAGCGCUAGUUUCUACUUCUCUGGCCUCUGCCUUGUCCUGUCCGGGGUUUUCGUGGUGCUUGUUGACAGGCUGGUGAAGAAGAAAAAACUCAAACUACCAGAUUCAUGCACUGAGACUACCGAUCAUCCAAUACUCAAGGCGGACGGUGCAGAUGUUUAAAAGCCACACAAGAUAAUAUUCCAGUGUUUUACUUUUGUUAUAUCAUGACCUUUUGUUUAUUUAAAGCCAUAUUAUUACUUUUCAAAAAAGCAAUAGGCAUUUUGUUAUCUCAACCUCUCACCCUAUAACUUCCAGACAGAGAGAUGUUAGUUAAAAGGUUAGUUCACCUAAAAAUGAAAAUCCUUACUCUCCUUCGAGGCAUCCUAGGUGUAUAUGACUUUCUUCUUUCAGACGAAUCCAAUCGUAGUUAUAUAAAGAAUUGUGCUGUUCUAAGUGUUAUUGUGGUGGGUGGACAGUCCACAAGACGUCAAAUAAAGAGCGCACAUCCAUAAUAAAACUUGCCUCACAUUACACCGGAGCAUGAAUAAAAGGCCUCCUGUAUUGAAUCAAUGCAUUUUUGUAAGAAAAACAUAUUUCAUAAGGUUAUAUUUCAAAUGUAAUAAACACUUUCUCUCACUCCUGUAAUCUGUCGUACACCGAAGCCGUUCUUGGUGGAUGAUGUAGGACAUAUGUGCAGCGCGCCUCUGAGAUAUGCUGGUCUCACGAGUUUAGUACAUUUCUGUUUGUCAAGAUGUUCAGGAAAAGCCCAACUAGUAAAAUCCUUACAGGUUUAUUUUUUUUUAUCUGUGUUUGCGCUCAGGUGACUGCAUAUAAUGAGCUCAGAUAUGGGAAAGACUGUGCCUUGCCUUAGUUUCAUAAGGAUUACAUAAUCAGAUAAUAAUAGUUUUCGAUUUUAAUUUGUUCAUUUAAAAGUAGACACAAGCUUUAUUUCUCAUGUCUCGGUGUCAAAUUUUCUCUGAGUUUGUGAUGUGUAGAAAGUUGCUCAUGGCAGAAAGUGCACCCUGUUUGUUUUGUUUAUUUUGCAAAAGCACAAUGUUUUGUUGUUAUUGUCAGUAUUCACAAAUAAAAUGAUUCCCUUUUUAGAUUCGAUUGAUUUUAGUCUUAUCUGUAUCUGAGUAUUUAAAGUUUCUCUGUGAAUCAGGAAAAAGUGAAUGAGAUGGCACGCAGAGGGUUAAACACUGCAUUCAAUUUUAUCUUUAGACUGUAAAUUUAGAUUUCAAAUUCAAUAUUGAUUUUAGAACUGUUGGAAUAAUUUAGUGUAUGUAAUUCAAGUACAUUAUAAGUAACUGUAAUUAAAUUACUUAAAAAUGAGCAUUUACCCCUUACUUUACUUUUUCAGUGGAUAAGUAAUUUAGUUACAGUAAUGCGUUACACCCAACACUGGUCUGAAAGAAGAAAGUCUGAUACACCUAGGAUGUGAGUAAAACACAGGCUCAUUUUAUUUUGGGGUGAACUAGCCCUUUAACACUUGUGACACCAUUGUAGCCACUUUUCAAGCCACUAAAUGUUUGCAGACCAUGACAAGAAAUGUAGCAUUCAGAAGUUUUUCUGCCCAUGGAAAUUAUUGAAGAAGCACUGCUGAUGCAGCUGCUUAUUAUUUAAUCACUUACAGAACAAGCAUUCAUGUAUGACUACUUUAUCUGAAAAAAAAAAGUAUCUGAAAGCAAUGUAAAUAGUCAAAUUAUUUAGUUUGUGCGCAUUACAGAUACUACAAAUUACAUGUGCAUAUAGGCUCAUACAGUGGCUCCAAAAAAAGUGGCAUCUGCAAACAAAUAAUAUCCUUAAGGUAAUUUUUUCCCCCAUUGUUUUAAUUAAAAUGUUACAAACUUCUUUCUAUGAAGUGUAUUUGUAUUAAAAUACAUUUUCUUUUAACUGAUGUUUUUACAUUCAUUAGUGUCCAAAUACUUUUUUGGGUUACCGUUUUGUUUCAGAAACCCACAAAGAACAAAGCCACGAGAUGAGUUCAUGGUUUUAAUCAGGUGCUGAUAAAUAUCUCACUGUUUAAAUGAGUCUUGUUUUUUCAUUGCGUAAUACCACAUUUCUGUGAGUUUGUCGAGCAGUUCCUGUCUACUCUGUAUGUGUGGCGUACACGCGUGCACACACACAGCUUUGGAAUCACAAAGAUGCCUUAGAAAUGAAGAAAUCUGCUUAUAUUGGCAAAUGUGUUUUACAAAGAAUUUGCAACCUUGAACCUCAAAAUGACAGCCAGACAAAUAAUUGUGUGCACUGAAGUCUUGUUCCAGAAUUCUGUUCAAUGUUCAGGUUUAUAAAAAACACACACAGACACACUUUUACUGUUUAUAUCACAUCUGAUGAUUUUAUUAGUCUACUUGUCAGACAGUUCUGAUAUAAAUGUGCCAUAUAUGGUGGAAUCCUGUUAAUGUAAUAGCAUUUCAGUGUGUUAGAACUUCCCCAUAUGCAUGUAUGAAAGAUAAACAGCGGUGUUUUACUGUGGUUUAUUGUGUAAGUCAUGUCAUAGUUUGCGGGGAUGGAUUUGCCUGUUUAUGUGCGCUGUGUCUGAAUUUGUGGUGAUGACAAGACUGCCUUAAUUGCAAGCAACAAUCGGGGAACUACUAUUUAUUUGAAUGUGUAGCAAUAAAUUAAUUAGCAGUAUAAAAAUCAUUUUUUAGGUCUAUCAGAAGAGAUUUAUUUCUGAAUGGCAGGGUUUAAGAGGAUCUGUGAGUGGAAUAAAGGUCAUUGGUUCA